CCCAAUGUGCUUCUUCCUUGCUUAUUUUAUUUUUUUUCUAGCUUUGCUUAGGUGCUGCAGAGAGAGAGAUAUUUUAUUUUGAUUUUUUGUUUUUCUUUCUUUGCUUUCUCUUUCAUCAUUUUUGUAGGUACUGAGGAAGAAUUCCUGCCAACGUACUUUGUUGAGGAGCUUAAAAUUCAGGCAAGGCCUUGAAGUUGGAGAGUAUUAGAUUGGGAUCUUAGAAGUUUCUGUUUGGACUGAAGAAAUGGAGGUAUAUGGCAAAUCUAUGGUUGCAGCUCCUUCAAAUGUUAUUUAUCUGUCAAGUAUUUUAGGCCAAGAUGGUCCAAUUCCCGGUCACAGAUGCAACUGGAAAUGCGAAAAUGAACAUGUUUGUGGGAACAUGUAUCGCUGCAAGCUAACAGGGCUGACUCACAUCUGUGAUAAAAACUGUAACCAGAGAAUUCUGUAUGAUAACCAUAGCUCACUUUGCCUAGCAAGUGGUCAAAUUUUCCCCCUUACUCCAGCAGAGGAACAAGCGGUGAGAGGUGUUCGCAGAAAGCUUGAUGCCGAGACUUCACCCUCUGAUGGCUGUGGUUUUAAGCGUAGACGGGAUGCUCAAUUCCAUCCUUCUCCUUUCGAGAGGUCUUUCUCUGCUGUCAGUCCUAUCUGCAGCCAAGUUGGAGACGGCAUGGAUACAAACUAGAUAUCUAUUAUUAUUAUAUAACUGAACAGACUCUUUAUCAUUUCUCAUGUCCCUUUGAAGUUUUUUUUUUUUUUUUUACUUUUUCUAUCAGAUGAAUAUCGAUAACAGAACUUGAACAAUUAUGGAUAUUUAUUGGUGGACAUGAUGUGUCCCCAUCUUCGGUAGGAAGAAAUCCUUAUAUUUCUAGUAUUAAUGUAAUGUAGCCUUUAAAGUUACUUGACUUGUUGAAUGGGGAUUUGAGCAGGGUCUUUGCCCACGACA